CGCUCCCGGCUCGGGCACAGCAGGUGGAGGGGCCGCCGGACAUGGAGGGGCUGAGCCAGCGCUGCCCGCUGCCCCCCGCUGCCCAGGGCUGCCCCCGGCCCGGCCGCGGCACCGCGCUGCUGGUGCUGACGCUGCUGGUGCUCACGUACCCCCUGCUCUGGGGGCUGGCUCUGCAGCUGCACUCCGCUGUCACCGGCAGCUACGUCCCAGGGACACACUCCAUCGCCUUCGUCAGCUGCCUCAACGAGCAGAUCGCCAGGGACAUCGCCAGGGCCAUCAUGGAUAAGAGACUGGCUGCCUACGUGAACAUCCUGCCCAAGAGCUCAGCCUUGUAUUUCUGGAAAGGGGAACUGGAAGAAUCCACUGAAAUACUGCUGUUGGUGAAAACAAGGACGUCCAAAAUAGGGGAAUUGUCCAACUACGUCAGAUCCAUCCAUCCCUUUGAAAUGCCCGAAAUCAUCAGCCUGCCUAUUGACCAAGGAAACCCUGUCUACCUCAAAUGGAUAGAGGAGACCGUCCCACGGGACUGAGAAGCGCCGAGUGCAGCUCGUUUUUGGGGAGACCGGGACGCUGCUGAGCCGCGCGGAGGCAGCUUUUAUCUUCUCGGGUUUGCUGUGACACAGGAGCUUGGGAUCGGGAGCCCUCCGCUCCUCGGCCUGCCCCGGGAGCGCUGAGCAGCCCGGAGCCGGCUCAGGCUGAGCUGGGGAAGGGCCGCCAGCACCGAAACCGUGGAUGAGGAUACGCGGAGAUGUCCCUGUCAGGACACUCGGAGCUGCCUCGGGCUGUCAGCAGCGAAUUCCAGCUGGCAGCCGUGGCCUGGCAGCCCCUGCGGUGCCGUGUGUCCCCACAGCCAGCCCUGACCCCUGCCUGGCCCCCCAGGCGCUGGCAGCCCCCUGCCCCGCUCCCCCCGAGCCGGGGGCCGUAGGAUAGGGCAGGAUGUGCCCGUGCCGCCCCCCCGCCUCCCCUGGCGGCUGCUGGAGCCCUGCAGAGCCCCGGGAAGCAGCAAACGCCGCAAGGAUUUAGCUCUCCCUGCCACGGAGAGCUCGGCAAGAGCCACGGCCAGCUCAGGGAGCCCAGGUGCCAGCAGGACCACGGCACUGCCCUGGCCCUGUGACCUACCCCCGCCUGAGCUGGGGCUUUGUGCCUAAGCCAAGCUGAACUUUGUAAAAGGAUUCUCAUGUUAAUGGUUUCUGGGACAUAAGUUAGGGAAUAUUUUCGGGUUAUUUAUGUGACUGGGAAGGGAAUAAACAAGAGUUUCUUAC